AUGUCGGGUGAUCACUCAGUUGCUGUUCAACCUCCAGUCUUGUGGGCUCAGAGAAAUGAUUGCUUGUAUAUCACAAUAAGUCUCACUGAUAUAAAGAACAAAACAAUCGAUAUAAAAGAUCAGUCAUUGGAGUUCAAAGCUAAUGCUGGCAAAGACAAACAGACUGACUACGAAGUGAAGCUUGAUUUUUAUGCACCAGUGUGCACAGAAGACCCCAAGAUUUCUGCAUCCGGUCGUGAAGUUGUACUGUGUAUCAAAAAGAAAGAACCAGGCUCAUGGCCUCGCCUUCUCUCUCAGAAGGCUAAAUGCCCCUGGCUAAAGACCGAUUUCAGCCGCUGGAAAGAUGAGGAUGACUCCGAACCUGAUAUGGAUGGAAAUAAUUUCUCUAGUAUGCUCUCUCAGAUGUCAAAUUUCAAUGAUUAUGGUGGCGAUGAUGGAGCGGACGGAGACCUGGAUUCUGAUGACGAAGAUCUUCCUGAUCUCGAGGUGCCAAGCACGGAUGCUGAAAAACUCGAAAAGAAUGGAACCGAAGAAGAAGAAGAGGAAAAGAAAUCAGAGAUUAAGGCCUAG